AUGUCUACCAUCACGAGAACCGUGAAGAACCUCUGGAAGGUUGGAGUCAGGGAUGCCUGGCGCCAAUUAAACUAUAUCGGCGACACCAAGGCCGGUACCCUCAUCGGCACUGAUCGUUGGGGCAACAAAUACUACGAGAACCCCGAAGAGCUACCCCUUCGAACAAGAUGGGUAGACUACAAGGUCCACGACUUCGAUGCCGCCCAAAUCGAACCUGGCUGGCACGCGUGGAUGUCAUACCUUGUCGACAAACCCCCGACGCAAGACUCCCUGCUACAAUACAAGAAACGUGCCUGGGAGGACAGCGACCCCAAGAGCAUUCCCAACUACACAUUAUCCCGCGGCGCAUACAAACCAUACAACACAGUAAAGUCAAAGGUCACAAUGUGGGAGCCGACGACUGUUGAGAGGAAGUAG